GCUGAAUAAUAAAACAGUAUGUAAGUAUGCUGGAGUAUACAUUUCUGUGAAUCUUAAGUCAUCAGUGAUUAUAAUGAUACGCUCACAAAAAUGAGUUAGAAUUGGUCAUGCAUUAAGUACCAUACGUAGACUGAACUGAAAUGUAUGGAAUUACACACUGUUAUCGGUAGAAGACUCACAGCACGGCUGGUUGAACUUUGAUGGAGUUCAACACUCGCUUUAACCUCAGUCACCGCACGAUACUCUAUUUCAUUUCGAUAAGGAUGAGCCCCGUUAGUUGAAGCAUUAGGAUUUGAAUGUAAAAGAGAAUAUGAUCUUGCUGAGACCAAACUCUUAGUGAAAGACUAGACGAAUAAAAAUUUCACCAAAUUAUGUGGUUUCCAGAAUAACUCACAGCUUAUUAUGAGUAAAAUAAAACCAUGGGCGUGGGUUGUGUUGGCAGCAUCUUUUCUUGCACUGUUUUUUAACUCUUCGCUGAACUAUUCUGCUGGCGUUCUUCAUAUAGCUUUAUUAGAAAGAUUCCCAGAGGAGGAAGUGACGACGAUAUCAUGGCUGGGAGCACUUUUCUCCUGUAUGUUUGCUUUGGCGGGAUGGACGGGGAGUAUACUUGUAAGCACGUUUAAUGCUAGAGUAUGUGUGAUGCUGAGUGGUUUGGUUACUUUAAUCGGAUUUGUUUUAAGCAGUUUGGUAGUAAACAUGAAAUACCUGUUUAUUACCUACAGUCUAAUUGCAGGAAUUGGUCAAGCUAUGUGUUAUUCGGGAACAUUGAUUAGUCUUGGAUAUUAUUUUAAAGAGAAGACCGGCAUGGCAUCUGGCGUAGCAUUAAGUGGAUGUGGAUUAUGCACUUUCGUCUUUCCCCCACUAUCACAAUUUCUGAUUGAGACCUAUGGUUUAGAUGGGGCGUUUUUACUACUUGGGGCUCUGGGUUUCCAAGCGUCGGUAUGUGGUGCUUUAAUGAGGCCCACGGAAUAUGAAGUACGCACAAAUAGAAAAUUAUGCUGCGAUAAAAAUUUAAACAACGUUUCAACACCUUGUAAUGAACCUGACAAACGUAAAUGGCGGGAUAGAUUAAGAUUUUGUAAAUCAGCACCUUUCUUCUUAUUUUUGAUUAGUUCGGUGUCCUUCAAUAUGGCUCAAUCAACAGUUUAUCUAUUUCUCCCGGAUUACUUUGUUCAUUCUGGGUCCUCGCCUCAGGAAGCAGCUUUGGUUUUAUCUUUGGCCGGAAUUACUGGUAUAUUAUCUCGAGUUUUAUUGGGAUUUCUGGUCACAUUAGUGGACACUGCUCUAGUUUAUGGUAGUACAUUCGGAAUAAUUUGUGUAAUCACCGUGUUUUUAAAAUACAUGACAACUUUAGGGAGUAAAUUCAUCUAUACAUCACUGUUUGGAUUUUAUCUGGGAGCUUGUUGGGCUUUACAUUAUACACUGUUAGUGGAUAUCGUAGGAUUAUAUGAUGUGUCCGCUGCUCUAGGAAUUUCCAUGAUGGUGUGUGGUGGAGGAUACCUUAUCGGUCCACCUAUUGCAGAAAUGUUUGUGCUGGAAUUUGGUGAUUAUUACUACGCAUUUGCUUUUACAGCUGCCCUUUUCCUUUUGGCGUCAAUAACUGGAUUUGCAGUGAGGACUUGGCCCAAAAAGGUUGAUGGUUUAAACAUUGAAAUAGACAUAAACGAUGUAGAUAAAGCAAUACAGAGAUAUUAAUGAUGCAAAGACAUAGUUUUGAAAAUUGAAGUACAUAAAGAAAUACAUACUUGUAUGAUCGUACAAAGGUAAUGUAGAAAGAUGGUAGUAAGAAAUUUCGUUGUAUUUUAUAUAACUGUAACAUAUAGGAUUUAUAUUUCCCCAAGUGGUCGCAAGAAACAGUUUGAUAUAGUGUUUGUACUGAAGAUGUGUACUAAGAUAUGCAUUUAUGACAAUGGCGACCAUUGAUCGACACAGCAGUGGGUUAAUCCCAAAAAAUGAGUACUCAUAUGGAUUUACAAUACUGUCAUUGGGAAUACUAAAGAAAAUUUUGACACAGGUUUUGUGAGAGUAAUCGAAAUGUGAACAGUGCCACCUGGUGGUAUUUCUUAAGAGUUGGGGAGUACUAUAUUUUUAAAUAUUUUUACCCUUUUUAUACGCCCACAUGGAAAUGUGGUCGUAUAUUGCCGUCACCCCCGUCCGUCCGUCCGUUGGUCCGUCCGUCUGUCUGUCGGUCAUUCCGUCCGUCGUCCACAAUUUCUUUUGAACACUCAAUCUGAUUGUUUUGAAAUUGAUAUAUGUUGUUUGCAUUAGUGAGAUGAAGAAGCCUAGUUAAUUUCAAUAACUUCCGUUAAUUUCUUCUGGAGUUAUUGCCCUUGUUUCACUUUGUUGCACCUUGUAAACGCUCUAACGACAAAAGUUAUCAACCGAUCUGUAUGAAAUUUAUAUGCAUCAUUUAAAUUAGUAAAACAAAAAGAAUCCUACUGAAUUUCAGCAAUUUCCGUUAAUUACAUCUAGUGUUAUUAUUAUUAUUAUUUAUUUAUUUAUUUAUUUAUAAGCGUUUAUAUAGUAUAGGUCAUUUUCACAAAAGAAAGGUGCUCAAUGACGCUUUACAAUAAAGAUAAUAUGAUUGACAAAACAAAAAUAAGAUUAAAACAUAAAAAAGUGAAAUAAUAUACCUAAAAGUUGAGUAAAAGGAAGUAAUGUAUAAAAUAUAGAUAUAAUUAUCACAGAGAUGAUUAAUUAAAAGCCCUAUUAAACAAGUGGGUUUUUAGAGAAAUCUUAAAUGAUGACAGAGAAGUACAUGACCGAAUGGAAUGAGGAAAUUUAUACUAUAGUUUGGGGGCAGCUACCCCAAAAGCCUUCUCGCCGAGACUGACGAGAUUAGCUUUUUUCUCAAUAAGUAGCAGAUUGUCACCGGAAGACCUUAAUUGUCGACGAGGUUCAUAAAAACAUAAAAGAUUACUAAGAUAAAUAGGUGCCAUGUUAUUUAUACAUUUAAAAACUAAUAAUAAAAUCUUAUAUUCAAUUCUGAAAAUAAUAGGAAGCCAGUGUAGUUUAUAUAGAAUAGGUGUAAUAUGAUCCCUAUAUACUGUUCCAGAAAUAAGGCGAGCAGCUGAGUUUUGUAAUUUUUGCAGUUUUUCAAGAUGUUUGAGGUGUGCACCGUACAGGACAGAAUUAAAAGAAUCAAUACGCGAAGUAACUAAUGAAUUUAUUAGUGUUUUUGUGGCAUCCACUGACAUAUAUUGACGUAUUUUAGCUAUGUUUCUUAAAUUAAAAUAACUUAUUUUGCAUAUAUUGUUUAUGUGAUUUUCCAAAGAAAAAUUUGAGUUAAAAAUUACACCAAUAUUUCGGGCUGAUUGAGAAGGAAUAAUGCAGCUAUCUCCUGCUUGUAUUGACAGAUUAAAGUUCAACAUUUUCCUGUUGUAAGACCACCCAAUAACCAAAUACUCAGUCUUAUCUGCAUUAAGUUUCAAAACAUUGUUGUUGAUCUAGAUUUUAAUAUCCGCAAUACAAGUUUCAAUACUCCGCUUGGAAAUAUCGAAGUCACUUUUGAUAGGUUUAAACGAAAUGCACAACUGUGUAUCAUCCGUUCACUACAACACUUUGUGAACGGUUAGUAACAUAAGAGCGUAACAGACUCAGAGCGUUUUCAGUAACACCAAAAUCAGAUUGUAGCAUGUGAAGCAAGAUAUCGUGGUCUACAGUGUCAAAGCCGCGGAUAAAUCUAAGAGAACUAGAAGCACACAUUCACGGCGAUCUAAACUCAUGUUGAUAUCAUUGUGUACCCGAACAAUAGCAGUCUCGGUGCUAUGAAACUUCCUGUCAGCACUCUGAACCUCUUCCAUUAGAUUUUGAAUUAGUAAAACGAAAAAGCCUGUCGAAGUUCAACAAUUUCUGUAGAUUACUUCCAGUGUCAUGGCCCUUAUUUUAGUUUUUAGAACUAUGUGAACCCUCAAACGACGAAAAUUAUAAUGUCAUCUGUAUGAAAUUGUCUAUUAAAGGGACUAUCCCGAUUUAAACAGAGUCUCAAAAAUAAAAAUCUGAGUACGUAUGAAAUUUAAACGCCAAAAUAUAGAGGAAUGGUGUAUUUACCUUGUCUCAAACUUUCGGCUCAAAAUAUUGAGUCGUUUGGACGUGAAUGUCAAAACUGCUUAUCCGGACACGUAACCCUUUUAAGAUUUCAGGUCAAAUUGUUCGUUGAGUGACCUGAUAAUCCAUUCCCGUUCCUUUAGAGGUCUAUACAAUGAAUGACCCAUGUGCUGUACUUGAUAACGAAAGAUAAAUUUCACCUACACAUUAUUUUUAUUAAACAAAAGUCUAUACAAUGAAUGACCCAUGUGCUGUACUUGAUAACGAAAGAUAAAUUUCACCUACACAUUAUUUUUAUAAAACAAAAGUCUGGUUUUAUCCAGACACUGCAUUAUACAGGGUGGGGCACCGGUUUCCAUUUCCAGAUAACUUGAGUUAGUUUCUCGGCCCUAAGGUAGAGGAUUUUAAGGGAUUUUAACACAAAAUUAAGCAUUUUUAUUCUCCAAAAUAUUAUCGGGAUUGGCCCUUUAAAUGCCCCUAAUUACCUACAAAAGAAUAAAUUUGCGACAACCCUUGUCGACCGCACGGGCGAUUUAGCUGCUGUGGGCGUAUGUUUUGUUGCCUGGCAACCUAUCUUUUUAUUACUCCUUCAUAUUAUGUCAAUGAUCUUAAUUCAAUAAACCUGUCCAUAAUAUCA